UUAAGCUCCUCAAUCAUGGAGGGUCUUUAUGAAACAACAGAAAAUGGUAAAGUAGCAGAUGGUGACCAGAUUAUUCGGCACUCACUGUUCCAACCCUGUGCUGGAUUAUCAUCAAUUUGGUUUGAUUUGAGAGUCUUUUAUGUUAGAGUCAGCAAUUUUCAAGUUGAUGAUUUGACUCCGGAGUUUCUAACUCUCAAUCAUAUCCCCUUAGAACCUGACACCCUUUUGGAAGUUAAUGGAAUUAGAACCAGCAUAUACUCUGAUGAAGUCUCUGUACUCCUUAGAAGGGAUCGUGUAGAUAAAAGAUCAGAAGAAAUCACCUUUGUGGGUACAGAUAAUGUUAAGUUGACAGGAAGUGUGAAAUUCGAGGUUUUUGAUAAAAAGGGUCCCAUUCUCUCUGGUCUUUUGGAAAAGUCUGGUAAUAAUGGCUUCAAUGGGGGAUCGAAAAAUAUUGUGAAACAAUGGAGAAUGAAUUGUGAAUUAGAGAUCACAUCUGGCAGUGUUUUCCUGAAGGGAAAGCUUAAUUCUUGUCCCAAAUUAUCUCCACCGACCAUUGAGGUUUAUGUUGCCGGAUGCUUCUAUGGAAAACCAAUCAUUUUGACCAAAACAUUGCAACUUAAUUACCGGAAGAAGCACAAUCGCAAGGGAACAUUGGAUGCAAUCCCAGAAUAUAAGAGCACUGAGUGCCAGAAAGAUAUGUCACCUGGAUAUAUGCAGUUAUCAGAAUACAGAAACUACAAACAGUUGAAUGAUGAAGACUACAACAAUAUCUUCUGGAGAAGGACGGAGUACAUGGAAAAUGAAGAUGGUGAGCUCUCGUGGUUCAAUGCAGGUGUAAGGGUUGGUGUAGGGAUCGGUGUUGGCGUUUGUCUCGGAGUUGGUAUAGGAUUUGGCUUGUUGGUUCGUACUUACCAAGCAACCACUCGUACCUUGAAAAGGCGGAUUAUUUGAAACCCUGCAUUUAAAUUGGUAUUACAGCCCACUCCCUCCCUCGAGAUCCAAUGGCAUGUAAACCAC